AUGCCGAAUACCAUGAUGAAGAGCCCGCAUCACUCUUCUAUUGAGAAGAGGGAACCUCAAGAUGCACCGCCGCCAGUCGCAGACGCGAGCGGCUCGAAAACCCCAGUACGACAGCAGAACAUACCUCAUCAGGCGAAGACUCCAAGCUCCCACAAGUCGAUGGCUGCUAAACAAGCCACUCCAUCUCUCACGCGCGACAGAGAAACAGGUCCAUACAUACGAUUUAAGAAACCGUGCUACAAAACUGGAGCUACUUCGGCUCCCUUUGACAGGACCUCUGCUGAAGAAAGGCCAAAAAGAACAAUGGACUUACCAAACUUCACCUACAGCCAAAAACCGUUGAUGAACUUUGAGAGCAAUGAUGCUCAACCGCCCAAGGACGCACCGAAAGGCCCCAGAGCCGACCAGUUCAAACUGAGGAAUACGACUGAGCAACGAGGAUCCAUAUCCUCCUCUAGCUCUAGCCUGCCAGUAGCCAGACCCGACAGCGGCUUGGGAUCGGGCUCAAUCCACCACGCGAAUGCACUCGCUGCAGCCAUAAAAGCUCAAGCAGCGCCAGAAAUCGCCCGGAGACAUCUCGGUGGCAUUUUCAAAAUAAAAGUCAUGGAGCUAUGCUUGAGUCUUAAGGACGAAUAUCUUGCAAUGAAUCCUGCUCCUUUACACUACCAAGAGCCAUUCUGGAGUCAUCUGUUGGAGAAGCUAGAGUCGAAUUCGGUCACUCGGGGGAAGUUCAAGGUUUGGAAAGAGGUAAAGGAGGCAAUUGACCAUUGGUGUCAACCGCGGAGGACCCUCCUACGAGAAGGCAAUUUACCUCCAGUGUCUCCGUCACAACCAGAACUUGAUGGUCUCAUCGACUCGUAG